AUGCCGCCCGUUGUCCCGUCAUCUAUUGAUACCUCACUCGACAUCGUCCUCGAAGCAAUCAAACUCGGUAGAUGGUCAAUGAGCAUAGAGAUGCUCACCGCCCUUCAAGUUCAGUUGCAUCUCGCUUCGAGCUUGGUGCAGGAGACGAUGAAUUCCCUCAUCCCACUUAACAGACUUCCCUCUGAGAUUCUUUCCCUCGUUUUCUCCCUGGCCAUGAUGCCUCUGAAGCCUGCAGGAUACCACGGGCCAUCUGCCGCCAGGCAAUCGUACGACCUCUUACCUGUCACCCAUGUCUGCAGACGCUGGCGUGAUGUUGCCCUCAGCACGCCCUCGCUUUGGUCGACACUAUACGAAGACGAUGUCAGCCACGCCUCUGCGCAGCUUCUCCAGGCGCGCGCCAAGGAGACUGCUCUGACCAUAUACGUUAAUCGAAGCAAUCCUACCCGCGCGCUCGUCCAACUCCUUGGCGUGCCUCGUGUAGGCUCAAGAGUCACAGAACUUUUCCUACAAGACCUCCACGACUGCACUCCGUCCCAGCUUGCAACAGGUGUGCUUGGCUUCCCUGCACCCCACCUGGAGCGUGUGGUCGUGCGCCGGCAGGUGCCCCGGAACGACACUGCGAGCGAUGCUGACGAUGCGGGCGCGGGCGCGCCGACGGAACCGAUCGUCAGGUUGUUCGAUGGUGUCACCCCGAGGCUCAAUACGCUCGUCCUACAUGACGUCCCAUUCCUGCCAUCGAACUCUUUCCAGCGACUCGUACACCUCAAACUGUCAUUCGAGACGUCUCCUAUCUACUGGACUCUAAACGACCUCCUUCACCUAUUGUCGCGAUGCACUCUGCUCGCGACGGCGACCUUUGUCGGACUCCCUACGCAUUUUGAGUCCACGCAGACGCCGUCAGCUCCAUCUGUGUCGCUUACCUGCCUGCGGAGGCUAGUUAUUGGUGACUGUCACGGACAGGCCUCGUCCAUGCGAGCGAUCCUCGCGCACCUCACCCUCCCUGCCGACUGUGCCAUUCGCCUACACGGUCUGCCCGCGCACAGGCUAGGCCCCCUCGCAGACCUUCGCUUUCCCUGCGUGAUACAGCCUAUGACACUAGUCAUCGACGUGUCAUUUGUCUCCAUCACCCUUACCUUGGCUAACCCCCGUUCAGGCGGGUCUCUCUCUCUCGAACUCGGCACUGCAGGAGCCAUGACGACGAUACUUCAGCAGUGUAUCGAAGCGUUUGUCUCUGACUUUUCCACCUCCAUCUCCACAGUGACGAUCUCGAGCCAGAGAGUUUGGCCGGCGUGGUGCGAUCCCAGCCUACUCCUAUCCUUGCUGCCUAGCACGAACAGCCUGUCGCUGGGCGACAUCCAUCUCGUCGAUCAAUGUCUCGAUGCCCUGCGGCCCUCGCGAUCUCCAUAUGAAGGCUUCGACAUAUCCCGAGAGCCGUGCCCACGCCUUAAGGUCUUGCAUCUUCCUCCGGGAUUGACAGACCUGCUCCGGCAAAAGCUGCAUAUGGUUAUGUCGGAGCGAAAACACAAGGGCAGCCGUAUGCAAUUCGUUAUGAACGAGCAUCACAUCUAA